CAAUACUUUAAUUAAUUAGUCAUCAAUUUCACACUAGAGGUAUGAUUUAAUUGACGCGCCUCAUCUUCGAGUUGGUUUCAAGCUGGCUGUUGCAUAAAGCCGGGCGAGAAAGGACGGAUCAAACAGAUUAAGGUAAUGGGAGUGCGGUGAAGAACCCCGCCGAACUUGACUGGAAAAUCAGUGGAUCUCGUUGCAGCAAUGAUUACCGUUCAACAAAAUUCCUCUCGUACGAGUAAACACAACCGUGAUGGUCCAAGGGAUGAAAACAAGAAAAACCUACACCCUUCCAAAAAUUCACGUGGAGAAGUUGGUGAUAAUGUGAGGUCUGCUGCAGGAGAACAUGAGAACUCCAAUCGAACUCAAAGCAAAGUGCUCUCUUUCUCUAUAGAAGCUAUACUCAAUUCGCCUCAUCCAAAACGAGGAUAUAGAAACAAUGCUCAGAAUAAACAUAUGCAAGAGUACCCUCAAAUACCGGAUCAAACGAGAACUGCUCUCAACACUCUAGAGGAGUUUGCCAGCACGACCCUUAAGGACGUGAGUGAUGAACGAUCCAAAAUUCCAAAAAUCCCAACUCUUACACUGGAGCAAAAACUGGCUGCACUGCAAGCGCGACUUAACCAAAGAAAACGACGCAAGCCAAGAACAUGUUUCACAAAUCAACAAAUAUCUGAGCUUGAACGACGAUUCAUGUUCCAAAAAUAUCUUUCUCCUUCGGAUAGGGAUGAGCUCUCGAUCAUGCUUGGAUUGUCCGGUGCACAGAUAAUUACGUGGUUUCAAAAUAGAAGAGCAAGAUUUCGUAGAGACGUAGAAGAACUGAAAUCCGACGUGGAAGCGUCGAGUAUCAUGGCGCCCAAGGAGAUUCAAAAGAUUUGCAAGAAUUUAGAAUUUUGACUUCAAUUGCUUUCCUUGUGCAUGACAAUUGAUGGAUUAAUAGGACUUGCAGUGUUGUACACAUAUCUGCGUCAAAAGAAGCCACUCUAAGGACAGGACUUACAUCUGGCAUGCUUACUGAACGGAGGUAUAUUCUAAGGCAUUCGUUUGCCUUUGUUAGACUGUAGUAAACUAGAACUUGCAAGACAGAGUAUUAUAAAUAUAAAGGCGCUUCUUUGAAAGGCCCUUGUGUUCUCAUUAUUAAGAAUUAAUGAUAUAUUUAAAGCCUUGCACAAAAAUCAAGGUUGCUCCAUUCGUUUAAGUUUAUACAACUCAUUCAUAAUAAGUUACGUUCGUUCAAAGUAUGUUAUAUCAUAAAUCAUAUAGUUAAAUAUCCUCUCUCGUUUAUCAGGACACCAUUCUGUUUAUACCAGAUUCUUGUAAAUCCUAAAUCAUCUUUAUCUAAUAUACCAGCCCACAUACUGACUUCAAAUUGAAUUAUUAGGAAUUAUUGAAUUAUUCCAUGCCUAAAUCAUUGUUAUACUAAUCGUAAAUCUUCCUCGGAAGACAUCGUGUACCUUUAAUUAUCCCCCUUGGAAUUUAGUGUUGAAACGUUUCUUUUGUUAGUAUUGCAAAGAAAAUUGCCAUUUGAUUUAUGAUUACAAGAAAUAAUUUUUAUAAUUAAGUGUCUCAGCUUGCACUAUUCACAUUGUUUUUUCAUUUGGUCUGAAGAUAACUCCCUGUGAGAUAUUAUAGUACAAUUCUGAAUUACGCUCCGUAGUAUUUCGGUGUCUUCAAUUAGCGCGAAUCAUCUGAAAUGCAGGACAAACCAUCUCAGUGAUUACCGGAAAACUAAAGUUUAGGUUAGUAAGAAUAACUUUUAUCAACUCCAAAUUAAUCAGUUAUUGUGCUGUAACAAAAUUCUCAUUGUGGGAUUAUGCUUAAACGAUAUGAACUCAAACUGAGGGGAGUUGACUUUGGAGAGAAUUGACACACAACUGUGAACAAACUGAGUUAGUUACUCGUACUAUUCUCAUGCCUGUUGAACUCAAGAUCAAUUAAUUUUCCUGUUGCUUUUCAAAAAGGAAAUAUUUAUUCUAGAUAUGUUGUACAAUUUUUAAAACUGAAGUAUAAAAGUUUUUCUUAUGGUAUCAUGUUUAAAGAAUCUAGGCAGUCGAUAAAUCUUCGCCUGUGUUCUUGUUUGGAAACACAACCGUCAAAAAUGAUGGAUAAACUGAGAAAACCGGGGUGCCAAACAGCUCUUUUACGUCAAAAAGUAUUUCAAAAUUAAUUGAAAUCUGUUUCUUUAAGCAUAGCAUUGGGGUAAUUCGAUUAUAAGACCGUGAGAACGGUGGAAAUGUUUGAUUUUAAGCGAUUAAUAACGAGUAACAAUUUUCUAGCUUUGGGAAAGGAAGGCAUUUAGUGGAGUAGGUCAUUGAUGUCACUAAAUGUUUACCACUUUUAAGGCUCACUAGAUCAAAACUAAACACUACAAAACAGUCAGGUUUAAUGUUCUUAAACAGAUAAAGCAGUAUUUGACUUGGUCUUGUUGAUUUUAGUUUUCUUUGGCUGAAAACCUUUUCAGAAAAGCAAAUUCAAUGUCAAUUGAAUAAAAGAUGUUCAUCUUUGUUCGUGUUCUUUCGCGAAAAGCAGAGCAAGUAUUUACGUGCACUCAAUAAUGUCAAUCAAUAUUCGUAGUCUCUUUUCUAGCCGUUUGUUUUAAGACUUUUAAGGUACAUACAAGUCUGUGUAAAUAAAUGAAGGAGUAAAUUCUAA